AUGUCCAGCUGCCCAGGGCACAGAGGCUGGAGAGGGGCCAAGAUAGAGCAGCACCAGGCGGAGAGCUCCCUGGAUGAAGGGGGUGUCCCUAUGCUGGGCCGUACGGAGCAGCACGUGCAAUGUGCCCAGGCCACGGAGGAAGCAGAUCUUGAUUGUAGGACCACCUCUGCUUAUCCUGCUCCCAGCAAGUUCCAGGAUUUCGAGAGGGCCCUGGCACCUUGCUACCCCUCGGCCGCUUCCUGGGAGGGUGACCCCUGCCACUCCCCACCAGCCCUCCCCACCAAGGCUAUCUCCUGCUCUGCUGGGGAGCGGUUGUGCUCUCAGGGUUCCCAGGACCAGUUCCACUGGGGCAGGCUGCAGUGCCUCUCCCCGCACUGUCCCACGCCUGGCCUGGCCUCCCUCAGGUCUCCGGGUGUCCAACUGUGGAUGCUCGUCCUCUCUGGAUUACCUGGGUUCUUGCCUUCGGAGAAGCAGAAAUCUUCAGGCAUCUGUCGUUUGACGUGCGGUACAGGCUCCUGCGUGCUGCUGCUUUCAUGCCUGUCUGCAGUGCGUCUGAUGUCCCCAGGAGUCCUGGCCCUGCUCAGUAGCUGCCAGCCCUGCCCAUUGGCCCUCCUGGCCCGGCUCUCUAUCGUCCUCUCCUGGAUCCAGCGGGGUAUCCAGAAUGACCCCAGGCUUCCCACCAGGCCAGCAGUUCUGAAAGUGGCCGAGCCACUGCUGAGAAGGGCGCUCACAGUGGUCAGCAGGCUCCUGACCCCGCCAGGGUCCGCACACCUGGGGGACAGCUGGCGUGAUGCCCACCGGGCGGGUGAGGACUUCCGGUCAUCCUGUGACCUCACAGCUGACGCGGUCCAGGGAGACUCCGCCUCCAGCCUAGCAUUUCGUGUGUCCACCUGGGACCCAGGGGCCGGGCGACCAGGUGAUGUGGUGACAGCGGCCGCCCCCGCGACCGCGCCGCUGACGGCGGGGACAGAACAGGGCCGCAGGGCUUGGCACCCCCUGCCCAAGCGUCCCAGCCCCAGAGCAGGCCACUGGCUCAGGAGGGACAGCGCCCUGGACUCCAGGCAGGGGGCCACGCACAGUCUGACAAGGCCAGGAGUGGUGAGCGGUGGAUGGGGCACAGCUCACCACAGCACCCACAGCGGCCUGCUUGCUGAUGCCUCUGCUCACCGGCCCCAGGAGGAGAAGCUGCUGUCUUCGUCUGGCCUGAGGUCUCUAUGUGCCCCGCGGGCAGCCAGUAAAGAGGAGGGAGGGUCCGGGGAGGUAGGGGCCAGGGGCCAGGCCACAAGGAGCACUGGGCCCCAGCGGCUCGCCUGUGAGAAGGAAUGUGAUGAACACGGUCACCAGCAUCACCCUGGCCGUGGAGGGCCCUCCUCUGCUUCUCUCAACAUCGUGACGCCUUCAGAAAUGCCCACGUUACUAUCAUUUUUAGGGGAUAUCCUCCAGGGAGCCAGCGUGUCCCGGGACUGCGGGGCCCUGACCAGGAAGCCCAGCCCCGGAGAGACAGGCUCACAUCCCCAGGAGGCGCCAGGCGCUGAGGGAGACGAGGCCCCUCCCUGCCGGCGGGGGCUGCGGGCUCCUUUCCGAGCUGAUAAGCAGCUGGCGCGGCCGCUCUGA